CUAUACUCACACACACACACAACUUUGAAACCCACGUUUACUUUUUCACCAAAACAAAAAAACACUCAAAAAAUAAAAAAAAAAAUGCUUGCACAUUGCACCAAGUCUUCUCUACCGCCGGCAGACAGCUACCUACCAACGCCGCCGUAUCCACGGCGGAGCACGGCGGCGCAAAAACUCCAUGUAAACUUGUUCAACACGUUUCCUUCUCCUACUAAAACAUCAAAAAACUUACUACAAGUCAAAGCUAGCAGCACUGGUGACGUCACGGGCGGUAAGAAUGCCACGUCAUCGAAUACGAACUAUGUGGUGCCGUUAGAUAAGGUUUCGUCGUCGUGUAUUACUCGUCCUUUAGCUGAGAUCUUAAGGGAUUUGAAUAAGAGGAUUCCUGAUAAUAUUAUUAAAGCUGAUGAUGAUAACUCUACCUUUAUCCCCUGGUACCAUGCUAACCGGAUGUUGAGCUUCUACGCUCCAGGCUGGUGUGGAGAAGUGCGAGAUGUUAUUUUCUCGGAUAAUGGAAGUGUGACAGUUGUCUAUCGUGUCACUAUACGAGGAUCAGAUGGAGAGGCACACCGUGAAUCAACUGGAACAGUAUCACCAGGCAAUGGCCACAGCACAGAUCUGGUUGCUGCUGCUGAGGAGAUAGCGUUUUGCAGAGCAUGUGCUCGUUUCGGGCUUGGCUUAUAUCUGUACCAUUAAGAAUAGUCGAGUAGACGCUACAAACUGGGGACAGUUUUGGAAAUGCUGUUGAAGGUCCUUGUACACCACAGAGCAAGAAACAUGAUGAAAUUUAUCUAUUAUGCGGGAAUGAUGUAAAAAAUAUUAUUCAUGAGGACGGUUGGUGUGCACUGUGAAAGUACUAAAAUAUGGUCAAGGAGAAUGAGGCCUCAAAAAAUAUAAAAAAAAUAGGAAAGUGAAAUAUACAAUAGAGAUAUCAGAAUAGGUAUCAUCUGUUGCUUUAUGUAAAACGUAUUUUGCCCUGUUGUUCCACAGGAUUGUAUGUGUGUAUUUGUAGAUUGUAAGGCCUCAGUAAUUGAUAACAUAUUAUUUCGGUAGAAA